UUACAUGUGUGUAUAUAUAAACAGCCGAUAUAGUUGAAAUAAACUAUUCGCGGUUUGAAUGUUAAAUAGUAAACAGUAUAUAUUAUUAUAAACUUUGAGCAAAAUGGCGGCAGGACGAAAAAUUAAUGUGGAAUCUGUGGAUAGACCAGAGCUUGCUAAGCACGAUAGCAAAAACUUGGAUCUAGCAUUUGCAAUGGAUUGUACUGGAAGCAUGGGGUCGUAUAUUGAAGAGGCUAAAAACAAUAUUCGUAGAAUUGUAGAAGAAAUAGUUUCAAGUGAAAAGAGUGACGUAAGACUUGCUCUCGUAGAAUACCGUGAUCAUCCGCCGCAAGAUUCGACGUUCGUAACACGUUGUCAUGAUUUUACCUCUUCGCCUAAAACAAUGAAAGGUUGGUUGAGUGAAUCGUCGGCUUCCGGUGGCGGAGAUAUGCCUGAAGCCGUGGCUGAUGCUCUUCAUGAUCUCCUUAAACUAAACUGGAGAGAGGAUGCUACAAAAAUAUGUGUAUGCAUUUCUGACGCACCUCCACAUGGGCUGGGAUGCGGUGGUGAUGGAUUCCCCGACGGCUGUCCGGACGGGAUAGAUCCAAUGGUUGUCGCUCAUCAGCUUGCAGAAAAAGGUAUCACUAUAUAUAUGGCAGGAUGUGAGCCAAGUAUAUCACCAUAUAAGGACUUUUUCAUGGCUGUGGCUUAUAUAACAGGUGGACAAUACGUUCCUAUGCGAAAAGCACAGGUUCUUUCAAAGGUGAUUAUUGGUGGGGCGCAAGAAGAACUUUCAUUAAAUCAAUUAAUGGCGGAAGUUGAUGCUGAAGUUCAAAAUAGAGUACAAGCUGGAGAAGACGUAAACGAGGAUGAAGUGUCAGAUUUACUUCAUCAACGAUGGGUGUCAAGAGGGGAAUGUGUAGCACAACUACAAAUGAACAACAUGGAACUUGGUGGUGUUUAUUCAUCGCCAGAGGCAAAGAGCUAUUCUAAAUUCAAAUCUUUUUCUGACGUACGGACAAAUUUCAAGGCGAAACCGACAAGUUUCAAUGGUAGACGUGAACCAGAAUGUUAUACAAGGAGUGCAGCUCCGAAACCGAGUGGAGGCGGUAUUUUAAACUGGAUGGGAAGUUGGUUUGGUGGUUCUUCUGCAGGUGACGCUCCAAUGGGGGCUGCAUCAAGCCCCGCUCCUCCACCUGCCCUGCUCUCGGAUGACUUAAUGCCUCGAGCAAUGGCAAGCUCACAUGAUAUGCCCUUUGAAGAUGAGUAUAACACUGUACGAACAGAAGUAACUAAAGCUCAGUCAUCAAGGCUAGUGAAAAAGGUGAUGGCGAAACACAAAAUAGAGACAACAAACAUAAUCCAUAAAUAAAGCCCAACAUGGCAAAAUGAAAAUAUUGCAGGCUCGGUUUGAUUGAGCCUGUACAUGGACGGUUCUGGAAAGUGCAAGUAACGGCCACGGCCCCUAGCACCGGCUUAAGCAGAAUUCAACAAAGUUUAAAUUUAAAAUACAAGUUCGCAUUUAUAUGUUGUUUCAUGUUUUAGGAUAUAUCCCUAUUGCUCGAAUUCUCGGGAUGGAAUAAUUAAAACGAAUGGAUACGCAAUAAGUUGUUCAUAGUAAUUUUAUUUUGUUUAAGAUAAAAGAAUAAAGUUGAUUCUGUACAUUUUAUUUACAUUAUUCGAACGUACGAUUUGCUGCAUAAGCAUAAUUGAAAUAAAUAUCUAUUCAGGCCAAUUUUAAUCAAGCAUAUAAACUUAUACAAACAUUGUAAGAUGAAUAUUUCGAUUUCACCAUAUAUGUAUACUGCUACAUCAUUUCGUCAUAAUAGCUAACUUACUUGAGAAAAUGUUAUACCAAUACCAAUUUACAUCCAUUACAUUUGAACUGUAUGAAUAUAAAUUUUAUGUAUACAAGUUUAUGUUGGAUAAAAUCUAUACAAUGUAUUUAAAUGUAACGUAUAAAAAUGUAUAACAUUGUACUUGUAUAUAGGAAUGUCAUUGAUAUGAUGUUGAAAGUAAAUUCUUCCUUGACUUUUUACAAUCUCAAAUUAAAUAUAUCUUAAAUAUAUUUAAUUACUUGUAUUAUGUACAGAAUAUUGUUUUGUCAGUCUCAUAAACACUUUGCACAUGUAUGUACUACAGUUUGUAUUUAUUUGUUACUUAUUAUUUAAUUAAUUGUUGAUAUUGUUAUAGAAUAUGUUUAAAUAACAAAAAAAAUAUGAAUAAAAUAUUACAGUAUAACUGAUUUUAUUCAUUUAUUUUAGAAUAUACUUAUAAAAUAUCAGUCCUCAUUUUGUAUAAAUGAGUAUUUAACUUUAAAUCGAAGUAAAGGACAUGCUAUAAUGGAGG